AAAAAAUUAAAUCUUUUUAAAAUGUAUAAACGAUACAUUGAGCCCGUUAUGGAAACAGCACAAGAAAUUGUUCUGCCUUCUACUGCAGAUGUCUCUGACGAAAAAUCGCAGCCUAAAAAAAAGGAUGUGAGGGACUAUCCUAACUAUGUUAUACCGCCUUAUACUAUCACUCCAUUGAUGUCAUUCAACGAUGAUAUUGUAAAUAUGCGUUUGUCCUUAAGACGUAAUGCACUUCUCUCAGAACAUUGGAAUGCAUACCUGUGUACAAAACCACCACCAACUGCACGUUUUCAGCUGUACAGAGAGAUCCUAAAUAAGAGCAGAAAUCCCCUACCUCGUAGAUUUUCGUUGAAUGGCCAAUUUUAUGAUAAUCAGAAUAGGUUGUGCCCUAUCCCUGACAAUCCUAGAUUUAAGUUUAAAAGCCAGCAGUCACCAAUUGUCCGUAAGAAAAAUUAGAUGAGAAAGCUAUCCGAGGCGUCUGA